GCGACCCAGACGGGGUGAUAUCUGCUGAAUGUUCUUGUCUCGACAAACGCGUCUGGACCAGAGGCUGACUGUGGGGAAAAAGCCACUCUGAAGCGAAUGAAGAAACAUCUAAUCUUUCACUUCACGUACAGAGGACUUGUUACGAGAGGAAAAAAGAGUAAAAGAAGAAAAUGGAGUAUAAAUUACGAAAGGCUGAACCCAGGGACGUGUCUGAUAUAUUACGACUGGUGAAGGAACUUGCUAAAUACGAAGAGAUGGAGCACCAUGUCUUACUGACUGAAAAAGAGCUCCUUGAGGAUGGAUUUGGUGACACCCCAUUUUACCAUUGUAUCAUCGCUGAAAUCCAAGGAGAGAACAGCAGUGACGGUCUGAAAGUAGUUGGUUUUGCCAUGUACUACUUCACUUACGACCCCUGGAUUGGCAAACAGCUCUACCUGGAGGACUUCUAUGUGAUGGAGCCCUACAGAGGUACAAAUCUAGUCCAGUCCACACUCAGUUGCCUCUUUGCUGCUUCUUCAUUAACGAGCCUUCCUGUGUUUCUUCUCUCUCCAGGGAUGGGCAUCGGUUCAGAGCUCCUCCGGCAUCUCAGUGAUCUGGCGAUGAAGAUGCGCUGCAAUGGCAUGAUGUUCGUGGUCGCGGAGAACAACGAGCCGUCCGUCCAGUUCUACAAAAGGCGCGGUGCUGAGGACCUGUCUCAGGAGGAGGGCUGGAGGCUCUUCAGGUUCAACAAGAACAGCCUCGUCAAGAUGGCCACUCCGGCCGAGGAAUGACAGGAGUUCAGCGCAGGAGGAAGAGGAGGAAGCACGAGAGUCUGACCAGGGACGAAGAGUUCUCGCUCUGCGCCUGACUGCUCGGCUUCUCUCUCCAUUCAGACAAAGGUUGAUUCAUACAAGUUCAGCCUUGGAAAAAGGGGAAUUCUGCAUCACAGUAAUUUGAUUCUGCGUGUAGUUCAGUGUUGAGUAAACCGUUUGUCUUCUGCUAAUCUGUCGCUCUGAAUCACUUGUGUUUGUUCUGUCAUUUCCUGACCUACUCUUCGUUAGCUUUGGUGCAUUUGAUGUGCAGAAGAGUAACUAUUGCUUAAGUUUUCAAUAAAUCCGUAACUGAU